CUGCAAACUCUUGAUAGCCAAACCAUCGAAACGAUCAAAAAGAGGGAGCACACCCUCGCUCUUACGAUCAGACAGAAACUCAAGCAAAACCAACCACUCUCUAAGAGCGAUCGAGCUUAUAUUGAGAGGCGCCCUCGAGGCCAGCACCGAAACUAUGCCAUGAGCAAGACAAAACAUGGUCUCCUAGAUGCAGGCCAAAUCUCAGAGCUUGAUAAAUACAGCCAGAAAGCUCCAAUCAUUAUGUUCAGAUCUUCCACCCUUACUGGUAGAAAACAUACCAACGGCUUUACAACCCCAACUUUGUUUGUGCCAGGCGCACAUCUCGUGAAAGAUUUGGCUUCCAGAAAAGGUAGAGAUGAGACCUCCUGGAUACGAGCAUCCCUAUCCGAUAUCCCACUCCAGGAACUCAGACCUAUGAUACAAGACGAGCUCCUAUCUUGGACAAUGUCUUACCUCUUUGCCACGGUUCACUUAUAUCUACGCCAUCUCAAGGGCCAAGACAUCGAGUGUAUCUCGAUGAUCAACCGCACCCGGGCUGUUCAUCCGGAAAAGUGGCACGUUGAGCAGCUGGAGUCUCAGGAGUACAAGCCCGCCAACUUCUGGUCUGCUAACGACCUCUGUGACUCGGUCGGAGUCUAUCAUGAUCAUGAGUGGGAAUGCCAAAGAGACCUGCCUGGUCUUCAUCCGCGAAAGACCAAUCACGAAUACAUCCCUCAUGGUGUUGUCGAAUAUCCUGAGGACGAUCCCCUACUGCAAGUUUCAUUGGCUGACCUUGUGGCUGCCGGACUAUUCAAGCUCAUCCCUGAACUAAAGGUCUGUUUCUGCUCUAAGGCCGCAGGCCUCUAUACAGUUCUGAGACACAUUCGUACCUCGAACUACAACGACAUUCGCACAACCACAGAAAGCGAGCUAGAGGUUGCACAGAAGAUAGCCUGGUUGCACACACGCUUGCGACCAGGUGAGGAACGAGAGGAGGGCCGACCAAACUUGUGGAUACUCCUCCAUGCACUCAAUUUUCAUAAAAGAGCAGCAGGCGAUCAGUCACUCCAGAAGCUAGUUCGCAAACUUGGCUACACUCAUUUGGAUGAAAAUCUGCAUGAAGGUUUCGGAAUCUUUCCCUCAAACUUGCCAGAGAUGCAUUCGUUGUAUCAUCUAGCAGUAGAUGUACAGGCUGUAGUCGGUGGACAGCCGUUGAACCCUCUCGUGCUGACAAGCACUUACUCGAGAAUCAAACUUCCUGAUGAUCUUCAAGGAAGAGACGAUGCUGAUUACGACAAGCUGUGCGCGCCUAAGUUGAUCGAAGGGAGCACUGACGGCUACAAGAUCCAGCGCAAAUGUGGUCUGACUUGUGACUGCAGUAAUUGGGGUCCAACCUACAAGCGCAAGAGAACGAAUGAGGCCGAGGAGUCUAAUCAGUCUGACGAAGCAGACAAACCUUCCAACAACCAGGCUGAGGCACCAAGUCAUGCGAGACAAGAAAGGCUCGAAGAACCCACUCUUCCGGAAGAGUACGCGGAGGAUGAACCUCAGAUUCGGGGUCUGGAAGAUACUGAACAUGCAGGACCUCUUGGUAAGUCGACAGCAUCUAGGCCAUUGUGGACAGAUCAUGAAGUAAAACAUACGAGUGGCUUACGGUCGCAGAGGCAGUCCAUGCAUGAAGAGCUCAACACCAUGCUUCUCACGUAUAAAUACGUGAGCAACACCGACUAC